AAAUGAAUUUCUAAAAUGAGUACGCUCAGCACCCUUCCUCCCCGGUACAGGCAGUCAGGGGGAGGAGCAGGAGGCGUAGUCGGGGGCAGAGCUGCCGGGGGAGGAGCAGGAGACGUAGUCGGGGGCAGAGCUGCCGGGGGAGGAUCCAGGCUUUUGCAAAUACAGGCAAAGCUACAAGCCAGACAACUUCAAGAGAAAGAGGAGAAACUAUUUAACCUGUUGGAGGAUAGAAAGGAGCCGGUGCUUCCACGACUAGGAAGAGAGAAUGUUUACAGUGGAAACUCUUUAACUUCUUCGUCAAGUUCUGUCAGUAUGUUUGCGGGUCGGCCUGUCCUAGGUGGGGGUCAAGUGCGUCAGAUUUUCCAAGAGCGAAGCAAAACCAGUAAUACAAGGAAUUCAAGAAGAAGUCCUGUUGGCUGGGACAAGAGCUACCCUUUAAGACCAGUUGAGGUUGAGCCACGGACCCCACAUGUUCCUGUUUACAAACAAAAUAUUACAAGAACAAAUAGUUAUAAUAAAUACAGCGGGAAUUACGGGGUUAACAAGGUGGGUGAUAUACCUAACAUAUUGGUAAUGAUGUAGAAAUUAUUAACAUAU